AUGAGUAUCCCCGGAAUGCCACCAUUUGGUACCCCUGGAGCCGGGGGUAAUCCGCAAAUGGAAGGCUUGAGUGAGAAGGAACAGUCUAUGGUCAAAAUGAUGAAUGGUAUAAGCGAGUCUUGUCCCUUAAAAGUUGCGAUGUCUGGUAUUGGUGGUUUUGUCCUGGGUGGUGGCUUUGGAUUGUUUACAGCUGCCAUGGCAUACGAUACCCCUCUUACGACCACAGGCCAAGAAAUUAGCAGUCUUCCUUUACGUCAACAGCUCAAACACGGGUUUAAGGACAUUGGUAAUCGGGCAUACUCCUCCGCAAAAAAUUUCGCGUACAUCGGUGCCGUCUACGCGGCCGCAGAGUGCACCAUCGAAGGUCUGCGCGCAAAGAACGAUAUUAAGAACCAUGUUGCCGCGGGAUGCAUCACGGGAGCCUGGCUGGGUCGCAACGCUGGUCCCCAGGCUGCUGCGGCUGGCUGUGUUGGCUUUGCAGCUUUCAGUACGGCGAUUGAAGCGUAUAUGCGGAUGCCCUCGGAAGAGUAA